CGCCAGUCGCUCCCGGACCGGCCGCCCGUGCCAGCAUCAUCCGCUCCAUCUCUGGAGGGACAAGCCAGCGCUCAGCUAAGCUCAGCUCACCCCCUGACAAGACUCGACGAGGAGGCACUGCAGUUCGAACCGCGCCAUUUUGAUUUUCUGACGAGAUGGAGACGUCGGGCGUAGGCCUGUUGGCGGGCGCCAUCCUGGGGAUGCUAGUGCUGUAUCAGAUCCUGCUCAUCGUGACAAGGAGGAGGAGGUUCGUCAAGGUGGUGGACGCCCUGCCGGGGCCCAAGCCACACAUGGUCUUCGGGAACGUACCCGACCUCAUGGUCGCUCCCAACAAGUUGUUUGAAGCCUGGGACGAGCGGCACAGGAAGAAUGCGACGCUCUUCAGGACGUGGAUCGGGCCCUACGCGGAGAUCAACCUCAAGGAGCCGGAGCAGGUCGAGGCCAUCCUCAGCAGCUCCAAGCACAUCACCAAGUCCAACGCUUAUCGAUUUCUGCAGCCCUGGUUGGGAACCGGCCUCCUCACCAGCACAGGACACAAAUGGCACACGCACCGUAAGAUGAUCACCCCAACAUUCCACUUCAAAAUUCUUGAGGCCUUCCACGACGUGUUCGUCGAGAAGUGCGAGAUCCUCGCGCGGAAGCUGGCUCGAGUGGCCGACGGCAAGACCGAGUUCGACAUGUACCCCUUCAUCACGCACUGCACCCUCGACAUCAUCUGUGAGACUGCGAUGGGUGUCAGGAUCAACGCACAGGAUAGUACAGAGAAGAGGAGUGACUACGUAUCGGCCAUUUACGAGGUGAGUGAACUGACGCUGAAGCGCGCGCAGCGUCCCUGGCUGUUCCCUAACUUCACUUGGGCCCUCACCGACAUGGGCAAGCGCUACAAGCACUGCCUCUCCAUCCUCCACGGCUUCACCAACAAGGUGAUCCGCGAGCGCAAAGAGGUGCGCGAGGGCCAGCGCGGCCAGCAGGAGCAGCACUCCCAAGAGGACGAUCUCGGGCGUAAGAAAAGGACGGCCUUCCUGGACCUCCUGCUGGAUGCGAGGGAGGCCGGAGCCCAGCUCAGCGACGAGGAUCUCCGAGAGGAAGUCGACACAUUUAUGUUUGAGGGUCACGACACUACAACCGCCGGACUAUGUUGGGCAGUGUUCCUCUUAGGGUCUCACCCACACAUUCAGGACACUGCCGCAGAAGAGCUGGAGCACAUUUUCCAAGGUUCAGAUCGGGCGCCUACUGUGCGUGACCUGCAGGAAAUGAAGUACCUAGAGCGCGUCAUCAAGGAAACACUCCGGCUCUUUCCAUCAGUUCCUUUCAUCGGACGCAAACUGUUCCAGGAUGUCGACUUUGGUGGAUACAAGGUCCCUGCUGGUUGCAUGAUCAACAUUCCAAUCUACCACAUUCAUCGCAACCCCAAGCAAUGGCCCUCUCCUCAUGCAUUUGAUCCAGACAACUUCCUGCCGAACAGAGUGGCUGAGAGACAUCCUUACUCCUACGUUCCGUUUAGUGCUGGACCAAGAAAUUGCAUUGGCCAAAAGUUUGCUUUGAUGGAGGAGAAGACUGUUUUAUCCUACAUCUUGCGAUACUACAAAAUCCAAGCAGUAGAGACAAUGGAAGACCUCACCCUCAUGAUUGACCUUAUUCUAAGACCAGAAUCAGGUAUCAAAGUCAGGCUGGAGCCAAGAACACCCCUGUCAUGAGGCAAUGAUAGACGCUUGAAAUUUGAUGGCAAAAUGAUAUGAAUUUUUAGGCUUACAAUUGUUAGCUAAGUAGGUCUUAAGCGAACUUGCCAUGAAAUUUCACAGUGCAAUCAUUUCUUUGUGCCAAGCACAUGCUGCCCACCAAAGAGUUACCUGAUCAACUGAUUUUUUGCCUAGUCCUCAUUCUAAUGAAAGAAGCAAAGGCAUGGUCCUCGAAUGCCUGUUCUUUAGGUAAUGGUCCAAAAAACCUGCCCAUGGUUCUGAACCUCAUGGAUCAAGUGUAAAUAGUUAUUGUGGUCUGUAAAGGGUAAUACUGAGUUAAUGUACAUAUGAAUUGUAAAUAAAUUUAUUUGAUAUAAAAAUAAAACUUAAGUUUAGCAAUAA